AUGGCCAAGGAUUACAAUGGAUCUCCAAAACAUCAUGGUCCGCUUGAUGCUAAGAGAAACCGAAUCACAUGGAUUCUAGGGGUUAGUGGGCUAUGUAUCUUGUCAUAUAUAAUGGGUUCAUGGAAGAGUACUCCAACACCAACCACAGGCCAAUAUGACACAGUCGCAAAAGUGGGUUGUGAAGGAGGAUCAUCAUCUUCAGCUUCCAAAGCAUCACCAUUUUCUUCUUCAAAUCUAGACUUUGAAAGUCACCAUCAACUUGAUCUCAAUAGUUCUUCAGGAGUGCAAGAAUUCCCACCAUGUGACAUGAAAUACAGUGAAUAUACUCCGUGCCAAGAUCAAACGAGAGGGCGGAGAUACGACCGGAACAUGUUGAAGUAUAGGGAGAGGCAUUGCCCUGCAAAGGAUGAACUUAUGUAUUGUCUUAUACCUGCUCCACCAAAUUAUAAGCCUCCUUUCAGGUGGCCUCAAAGCAGAGACUAUGCUUGGUAUGAUAACAUCCCUCACAAAGAGCUUAGCAUUGAGAAGGCCAUUCAAAAUUGGAUUCAGGUGGAGGGUGACCGCUUCAGAUUCCCCGGUGGAGGCACCAUGUUUCCCCGUGGUGCCGAUGCAUACAUUGAUGAAAUUAAUGAGCUUAUUCCCCUCAAGAGUGGUCAUAUCAGAACUGCAAUCGAUACAGGCUGUGGUGUAGCAAGUUGGGGUGCUUAUCUUUUGAAACGGGACAUCAUAGCAAUGUCAUUUGCACCAAGAGACACACACGAAGCUCAGGUCCAGUUUGCAUUGGAGAGAGGAGUUCCUGCUAUGAUUGGCAUCAUGGGUUCACAGAGGCUUCCAUACCCGGCAAGGGCAUUUGACAUGGCUCAUUGUUCUCGCUGUCUCAUACCUUGGGGCAAAUAUGAUGGACUAUAUCUGAUUGAAGUGGAUAGAAUCCUGAGGCCAGGAGGUUAUUGGGUUCUUUCUGGGCCACCUAUUCGAUGGCAGAAACACUGGAAAGGAUGGGAGAGAACUCAAGAAGAUUUGAAGAAAGAGCAAGAUGAAAUAGAGCGGGUAGCAGCAAGUAUUUGUUGGAAGAAACUUAUUGAGAAGGAUGAUCUUGCAAUUUGGCAAAAGCCUAUCAAUCACAAUGAAUGUGUUAAGAGCAGAAAGGUUUUCAAAACACCACACAUAUGCCAAGGGGACAAUCCUGACAUAGCUUGGUACAAAGAAUUGGAAAAAUGCAUAACUCCAUUGCCAGAAGUUACAAGAUCAGACAAAGUGUCUGGAGGAGAGCUUGAGAAAUGGCCUAAGCGAGCGUUCACGCUUCCUCCUCGGAUUAGCAGCGGUUCCAUUCCGGGUAUCAAUGCGGAGAAAUUCAGAAGUGAUAAUGAGAUGUGGAGGGACAGGAUAGCUCGCUACCGGCGUCUUGCUCCCCUCACCCAAGGAAAAUAUAGGAAUGUGAUGGAUAUGAAUGCUUAUCUUGGUGGAUUUGCUGCAGCUAUGUCAAAGUAUCCAGUGUGGGUUAUGAAUGUGGUUCCACCAAAUUCAGACCAUGACACUCUAGGUGUAAUUUAUGAACGAGGUUUUAUUGGGACUUACCAUGAUUGGUGUGAAGCUUUCUCAACUUAUCCAAGAACAUAUGAUAUGAUCCAUGCCAGUGGCGUUUUCAGCAUAUAUCAGGAUAGGUGCAACAUUACUCUGAUACUAUUGGAGAUGGACAGAAUUCUAAGGCCAGAAGGUACUGUGAUAUUAAGGGAAGGAGUGGAGCUUCUGGUGAAGAUUAAAAGCAUUACUGAUGCAAUGAGAUGGAAAAGUAGUAUAACGGAUCAUGAAAGUGGACCUUUCAACCCAGAAAAGAUUCUUGUUGCUGAAAAGACUUACUGGACUGGGGAAGCUAAUGAGAAUCAAUCUCAAAACUAA